CAGUCGUUGUCGAGACCGCACUGUUGGAGUUUGGACCGCCCAAGUUAGACCGCCUGGUUUUGCUCAUCGAUCACGCUCCUCAAACGACGGACACGAAGGUUUGACUAUUGCCUUAUCAUAUACACAGAUUGUGGAGCUCGUACAAGCGCCCAUUGAUAGACCCCGGGUCUAGCCCUUCGCCUUCACCCAUGGAUCCCACUUCUGAUCCCUGGGUCCUGUUAAGGUAGAGGUAACUAUUUUAACACGAAGCGGCGUCUCCUUAAUGCUAGUACAUUUUCAACUCGUAACCAUCUCAUGGAACUCUGCCUGCGACACAAUGACCCUACACAAACCCUACUCAUGACCCCGGACGGCAUAGUCAUGUACCAGGUCAAUACGGCACCAGGACAAACCACGAUAAGCCGCUUCGAAAACCACGCUCAACGCUUGAGCACCGGGCGGGUAUCUUGCGUCGUUGCCGAAGUCGAUAGUAGCCGGUUGAGGUUACUCGAUAAUGAUAUCCCGAUAGACAUUGUGAUGGUUUCGGGCGCGGAAAAUACUGAAAACGUCGACAGACCUUGGACCUUCAACGGACCAGACGAUAAGCCGUACACAUGGCAAAUUCUGUUUCGUUCUCCGGUGCUCUUUGUAUCCGACAAUGCACCCAUCCCUCUAGCACGAUAUAGACAAGCGAAAAUUGGUAUCAUAUCACGAUCAAGACGAGCUUUCCUCGAAAUAUUCCCCGCUGGAAUAAAUGUCAUCGAUUUCAUAGUCGUUACAUUUGUCUCUUACGCGAAGCACCAUUGGCUGAACGAGCCACACCACGAGUCCAAUCCAUCGGCAAUUUAGUCCUACAAGCGAAGCUGUUGAAGGUAGGCACGCUCAAAAGCAUUGUUGAAUUAUUGAUAUUGACCAUUUUGACUCCUUUUCGUCACUGUUGGCUUCAAUUUUCAGCUGGAUAAAUUGCGCGAAAGAUUGAAUUAUGCUUCCCUGACUGGGUUUUUGUAAAUUAUACGUGGGGUACUCGGAAUAGCAUUCUGGCCAACUUCGAACACUUGCUUCUGAUAUCUGAGAGCUAAGCGUGAAGAGGGUUGAUCAUCUAUUUGUGAUCUUGUACGUAUGCAACGUCGUUCAUGUGCUCUGAGCAUGAGAGCGUAAAUGUUCGCAUGACUGACCUGCGAAUCUCAAACACGUUCCCAGAACCAAGCAAGAAUCAAGAAGCAC